AUGGACAGACAUUGCAGUACAGGAAGAAAACCUAACAGCCAAAAGAGGAAACUCGAUGAAAAGAUCAAGACCCAUUUUAACGUAUUCCGUGUGAAUAUGAACAAAAGAUCAAUGCAGGAAGGCAGUGGUAGCAGUGAUGGCUUACAGACUAUGAAUGACCUCCAUAGCCAGCCUAUGGACAUGCAUAUACCUAUACAGGAAGUGAAUCACCAUCAGCAACAGCAACACCAUCAUCAGCAUUUACAGCACCCUCUAUCGACUUUUGACAACUGUGAUGAUUUGUUGGCCUGGGCUCAAGAGCUACCUCCUGCCGCUUUCGUUGAUCUGAUAGACACAUCCAAUCUUGCCAUGGCGCUCGGUCAGAUCAGCCCAAGCUUUUAUCAUCCAGUCACUAUCCCGCUUCCAAGCAAUAUGCAUCAGCCUACUGCCAAUACCAACAAUGACCACGCAAUGAAAUUUACAAAUAGCUUUAGCAACCACAACUCAUCAAUACCUUUACACCACUCUCAUUAUUCUUACCCAUCCAUCUUCAAUUAUGAGCAGACUACGAAUGAUGCAGCAUUUGGUUCAUUCUCUUCCAGCUCCACAAGCACAACCAAUUCCUUUGAUCAUUUAAAUGCCAUGUCAAACCAACUGGAUACCUCUCAACUGACUCAUGCUCAUUGCAACAGCAUACCAUCAAGACCCAACCCUCCCAUUUUCAAAAAUGGACCUUCCUAUCUGCGAGCCAGCGAGGACUUUAUACUGUUCUUUCAUGCUAUCGAUGCUGAUGACUCUGGAUUGAUCACCUUUGACGAAUUGAAGCAAUAUCUACGAAACAAGGAUGCGAACAAUACACAUUUCAAUGAUGAGGCAGUGAUGACACUUAUAGAAAUGUUUGAUACUAAUAAAGACAAGGCUAUAGAUAAAAGAGAAUUCCCGGAUAUGCUAGCAUUCAUAAAGAAUUGGGAGAGAUGCUUUUUAUUCUUAGAUGAAGAUAAGUCUGGCACAAUUGACUACCAGGAAAUGCAUUACGCGAUUCAAUCUUUAGGAUUUGCUGAUUUGAGCCAUAAGUUGAUCUUGCGUUUGUUGCAGAAGUUUGAUCGUUUUGGCAGUGGUUUGAUUGACUUGGACAAUUUCAUCUUGGCCUGUGUCACUUUGUGUCGCUGCAAAGAAAUUUAUGAAAUAAUGUGCAUUAAAUUUGGAUCCACCAGCCUGCCUAUAAAUCUUGAGCAAUUUAUCAUAUCUGUUAUUUGGCCUACACCUCUUUAA